UUGAUCCAUCAAUGGCGUUGACGGCGGCGGCGCGUGUGAGCAACAGCACCGGCGGCGAAGGAGGGGUAAGCGGCAGCGGCAAUGGCGUCUGCGGCGGCGUGCGGGAGCACAUGUUCGACAAGGUGGUGACGCCGAGCGACGUGGGCAAGCUGAACCGGCUGGUGGUGCCGAAGCACUUCGCCGAGGCCCACUUCGUCGUCCCCGGCUCCGGCGGCGGCGCUGCCCUGCUGCGGUUCGAGGACGGCCGCGGCAAGGGAAAGGCGUGGUGCUUCAGGUUCUCGUACUGGGGCAGCAGCCAGAGCUACGUGAUGACGAAAGGAUGGAGCGGCUUCGUCCGCGACCGCCGCCUCGCCGCCGGCGACACCGUCUCCUUCUCCCGCGCCGGCCACCGCCUCUUCAUCGACUGCCGCCGCCGCGGCUCAGCUUCUGGUGGUUCGAUGGCUGCCGCGGCGGCGGAGGCUUCGCGUGCGCUCGACGACGUCGAGACCACGACCACGCGGCGGUUAAUGGCCGGGCGGCGGCGGGUCCGGCUGUUCGGCGUUGAUGUCGAGGUCACAGACGAGCCGCUCGAUCUGCAGCUCGGUUUGAACUAACCUGAGCCGAUGAUGAUGAGAAGGAUUGCUUCCUUCCAAUUGAAAAACAAAAGCCAAAAUGAUCAGAGGCGGAAAUUCAUACAUAUAUAGCAGAUUAAUUGUAAGAUUUGUAGCACAGUAUUC